CGAUAACACGAUGUACGUUUCGGUUACACGCACCGAUUGCCAAACGGCAACAAUAAAAGAGUGCCAGAACGCGUCGUGACACUGUGAUUAAGAUUAAUCGCCGCAAUAGUACGCUGGACUAUAAAUAGGCGCCACUUAAACAGCAACAAUUUCGUACGGUAAACAGCUCUUGUGAAUGGGAUUUAUAUAUUCCCCUGGUAUUCCUGUUCACGUGUCUAUUUUCUGUGCACGUAACGCCUACUCACGUGAGACAUAUACAACGCUUUGUUUGUGAUAUCUUGGCAUUAUCAUAAUAUUACCUUUACUUAACGUAGGAAAGUUAUCACCGAACACGUGUACUUAUCUCUGUCCAAAUGAAAAAAUUACCUUUCCCCUGUUAUUCGGAUCGUUAACACGUUCGUUCAUUUGCACUGGUCAGUGAAUUCACUGGAUUUAUUUCGUCUGCGAUAAACACAUAAAAUGUUAGGAUUUUGUUGAUAACAAUAAGGAAAUAAUGUUUACAAGGUAAAGAAAGGGUAGCUCGUGUAACAAUUUUCGGCUGCAGAUGCUAGAGAUUCGAAAGAUUUCCCGUGUGACAGAUGGCAGCACCUAUCAGGUCAUCUGCAAGGGACUCUGUCAACGUUCAAAAUUUAAAUUCACGAAUAGACUGAUAGAGUUUGCUUUGAAAUUUGUUUUUAAUAUCAGUUCGAAACUUAUUGACCCUUUACAAUCGAGAGAUGCCUCGUACUCAUCAAUUGAUUUCAUACGGUUAAACUAUAGAAUUUGAUAAUUAAUAUUAAACUUCAGUCAACUUGAGAAAUAUUCAAAAAUAGCCUUGUCAAUGUAAGUGUGAUUUCUCGUUGAGUUUCACAAAAUAUCCUAUCUCAUCACAAAAUGGUAAAAUAUUUCUAAUGAAAAUCUUCCGAGUGCAAAAGGUUAGUAAGAUUUUAUUUAUCGGUACUUUUUUAUUGAAAUAUUCUGACGUACCAGUCAGAUGUUGACCAUGUGUAUAAAUACAGCCACAAUUAUUGUUGAAAUAACGGUAAAAUCGCAGACCUCGUUUAGGAUAAAAUUCGCGAAGGAAAUUGAUCCGGGGAUUGAAGAUCAGUUUGAGAACCACUGAGACGAACGAAAUCCAAAUUUCCAAUGCCUUGAAGUUCGUGCAAAGUUUAGGGUAGUGUAACGAUUUCACGUCGAGUGCGCACGAACAUUUACCGCGAUUACACGACAAGUUGUCAAGGGUAAAAGUACUGCAGUACUGCUGCAAAACUUUCAGCGGAACUGUCAACGCGCAUCAAUGACGUGUUAGUCAUCUUGUCAUUUCGAACGAAGAGAAAAACGUUGAACCCCAUCGUAUCGUAAACCCUUUUUUUUCUAUGUAAAGAAAAGCAAGAUCAUUUUUCUUACCAAUACCAAAAUCACUUCUAUUUCGAUUUGAUUUCAUUUAUCGAUUUUCUCUCGAUAAUUUUAAUAAUUACAAGUACUUACCGUUUAAGGAAAGAUUUCACGAGGGAAGUAUAAUCUGAAUUUUGCAAUUAGAGUAUACUACUGGUUGAGCAUUAUUUAUAAAACGUUUCAGAAAUAUUGAAACAAUGGAUUCCAAUGAUAAGUGAUCGAAAUAUAAAGUAGACGUAUGUUUCUGUUGUACAGACAAAUAUAAACGUGUUCCCUGUGCGUAUUGACACAUUGCACUCUGGUCCCGCGAUAGUGUGGAAUUUUUAGUCGCUUAAUCACUGUUCCCGCAAUAUUGCGAGAUUUUUUUGUAUGCAUGCAUGCUUGCGCAUUGAUGUUUAUUUAUAAAUGAAAAAUUUCGGUUUUGUUGGAUCUGUGGUGUUUGUUGAAGUGUAUAUGACGAAUAUUCAAUGAAAAUAUACUAUUUUAUGGAAACGUAUAAAGUUUUUAAUAUUUUUACACUUGGGCUUUCAGCGACUGAUAUUUAACUGGCACGAAAAUGCGUUAAUAUUUCCCGUGUUUCAACGGGACUUAAAUAAUUUAUUAUCAAUCUGUAAUACCACCGUUGUGUUGUUUAAUAUUUUUUUCUUUUCUAACAUUUCGCUAGAAAUAGCGACGAGUGCCAGCCAAUGAGGGCAAAGACAAAAUAGCCUCCACGACUCGUGAACGUAUCGUUAAAUUUUCCGAGUUUCGCGGAGUUACGGGAACAAUACUAUAUUAGAAUAUAACCUCUUUAGAGAAAGAGAAAAAAAAUUUGCGAAGCAGCUCGUUGGUUUCGUUAAUAAGACGGAACAGUUUUUUUGUACAGUUGACUUGAUAUUAUAAUCGCAUGGAACUUUUCGUUAAGCAUGUCUUAUCUCGCGAUCCGAGAUUAAUCUUGUCAGAUAGUAAGGUGUCCGUGAAUAAGAGAUGACCAUGGUUUGUUCAAGUUGCGUUAUAGCACAUCUAAUAAAAUUUAUCGUGACAAUUGGUUGUAUGAAAGCUGUCGACAACCUACAUGAUAGAGCAAGCAUCUGGUCACUUCGUGCCUUCCAAAUUCUACUCUCCCACUCCAUCAUAGGAAUUCUUAGGUUUGGAGCUCCAUGUAUUACAUCAGCAACCGCUUUAAUAAAGUACCUAAGGAUUUUCUAUGACUGGUACUCCAAGAUUGUUGAUGUUGCACCUUUGGCAUUGUUUACUGCUGGUAUCCUAUCUGGAUAUGGGAUUAACGAAACUGUUUGGCUCAUAGUACUUUCCGUCGGCGUUUUGCCAAUAUUUUUCCAGCUGCAGCCAAAACGAAAAGAGAGACAGAUAAGAAGACAUCAGUUGUUACUAAACAUUGCUUCUACAUUGCAGUUGUUAAUGAUUGCAUUGGUGGGCUUACGAUAUAGUAAUUAUAAUGUUAUCAGUCUGGUUGCUUCCUUCAUUUUCGAACGAUUUUUCAUCGAUGAAUUUUGCUACUAUUACGAUAUUCCAAGUACGGACCUGACCCAAUAUUCUCUUUGCUUCAUAGAAAUUUUUAUGGUGUUAACUUUAAACGAAGUGUGAAUAAUAUUAAUAUAUUGAACAGUUAUUGCAUUUUUAUAUCCUUAACAAAAAUAAACUGAUUUUUCAAUUAUACACUCAACUUGUAUA